AAAAAAAAAAAAAAAAAAAGAUGGUUCAGUUUGAGUCCAAGUUGAGUUUCCAGUGGUGGUGCCUGCCUGCCUGCCUGUGCCUGGCUGUCUGUGCCUGUGUGCACUUUGACACCCAAGACAUCAGCUGUAACAGUAACACGCACGUAUGCGCUGUUCUCGGACUCCCUCCCGUUUUCGGGAUGAUACCAUCGAGUAGAAGAAAGAUAAGAGAAUGGAUAACACUCGCAAGGUAACCCAGCCAAAAGAUGUCCUGGCCGGAAAAAAAAAAGAGAAAGAAAAAAAAAA